UAGGAGCGUCGCUACUUCCUGUCGGUCCGUUGCUACGCAUGUGCGCUACGCUUUGAGCGCGUGCGGCUGUUUGUGUCCGCAGAGCUUCGGUUUCUUCAAAGACAAGUUCAGCUGAACGCGGGGGGGCUGCUCCGCCUGGGGUGGGGGUGAAAUGGUCUUUUACUUCACAAGUGCCGUGGUGGACCCCCCCUUCACGAUCUACAUGGGGAAGGACAAGCACGAAAAUGAAGACCUUAUCAAGUACGGUUGGCCUGAAGACGUCUGGUUCCAUGUGGACAAACUCUCCUCAGCUCACGUCUACCUGAGAAUGCCAAAGGGUAGAACGAUAGACGACAUUCCGGCAGAGGUCUUGGUGGACUGCGCUCAGCUGGUGAAGAACAACAGCAUCCAGGGUUGUAAGAUGAACAACAUCAAUGUAGUCUACACGCCGUGGGCCAACCUGAAGAAAACGGGGGACAUGGAUGUAGGCCAGAUCGGUUUCCAUCGUCAAAAGGAGGUACACGUGGUGGCUGUGGAGAAGAAGAUCAACGAGAUCGUGAACCGACUGGAGAAGACCAAAGUGGAGCGGUUCCCAGAUCUGGCAGCAGAGAAAGAAUCCAGAGAUCGAGAGGAGAGAAAUGAGAAGAAAGCUCAGCUCCAGGAGCAGAAGAGGAGAGAGAAGGAGGAGCAGAAAAAGAAAAAGGAGCUGGAGGAGCUCAGGAGUUAUUCUGCCCUGAUGAGGGGCGAGAACAUGAAAACUAACGAGGACGGUUACGAUUCCGAUGACUUCAUGUGAAGCAGCUGAAUGUGACCGUGCUCCUCCGCUGCCCCAGACUGCCGACUGACCCACAGAUGUCCUCGGAGCAGAAGUCUAACCAGUCCUGGACCCGGUUCUGAGUGCGGAUGAUGGUUUUGUGCUGAACCAGAGCCAUUAUUUCAGUCUGUGUUCCCUGGGUCCAUUAGAACCAUGAACGGAUGUGUCGUCUGUAGAGAAAUUAAAGUCAGAGCUCUUUAUACUACGACUCCA